ACCGCUGAGGUUAGAGGUGGGAGGUCUGGGGGUGGAGCUGGAAGGAGUCCUGACCUGGCCUCAUCUCAUCCCCACACAGGACUGGCCACGGGGGAGGACAACAACGAGUUUUUCAUCGACUUCCUGCAAAUGCUGCUGGUGGGAUCUGCAGAGGAGCUCUGUGAGGGGCCCCUGGGCAAGUACGACGUCAGUACAGAUGCCAAGGCAGCGGUAACCAAGCUCAAGUCCUGCACAGAUGGCCUGCAGCCCAUGCACAAGGCGGAGCUGGUCAAGCUGCUGGUACCGUGGCCAGGGGGGCACCCCACUCCCUAAAGGCCU